AUGCUGAAUCGCGUCGUUCACGCUUUAGGAUUCGUAGAGAAUACCAAUAAGAAAGACUCGAGAAUCAAGAAGAAAGGAGGAAACAAGGGAUACAAGGAUCAUCAAUUCAGUUCAAAAUCAAAGGAUUUUGUCGUUAGAAUAGCUCAUCCAGGUGGACAACAAGAUGUUUAUAGACACGCGGUUCCUGUUUACUCGUUGAUGACAAAGUAUCCAGGUAUGUGUAUCGCAAGUCCAGAUGUUUUCAAACUUCCUCACCAAUCUGUACUAUGGCGAGAAGAUCUUUUGAUUCCUGGUCACAAGUAUAUCUUAAUCUCUUUGAAAGACGUCGAGAAGCUCAAAAAAAGGCAUCAAGAGAAGGAUCAAGUCAGAGAGACUAACAAGGUUGUAGAAAAAGAGAAACCCGAUACGAAAUCCAAGUCUCCCGGUGAAAACAAACACAAAGAGCAGAAUGGAGUUGUAGAAGGAAUGAAAGUAGACACGAAGAUGAAAGAGUAUGUUGUGGAAGGAGAAGUUCUAGAGAACUCUUUUAGGUCUGCAAAUGAAUUUUAUAAUCCUAAGGAGAAACCAACAAGACCUUCAAGAAAAAGAGGAUUAAGACCUAAGAAAACCUUUGUGCCACCUUUUCCAAAGUCAAGACAAUAUCAAAGUUUUGGAUGGAAACCUAGUCUUCCGACUGUGAAGGAACUCUCUCCAUGA